AGAGAACCCUAAUCCCUUUUGUCGCCAAUUCUCCCCCUUUGCUGUCUAAUUCUUCUUCUCUCUCUCUCUCUCCCUAUAAAUAUAUCUCUCCAAGUUGUAAUUUUUGUUGCAGAUACAAACAUUUAUACAACACAUAUAUAGACACACAUACGUAUAUAUACAUAUAUGAACACACAUCUCUGAGUCUGUUAUAAGCGGAGGAGACAUGGUGGAACAUCAGCAGCAAGACACUUCCAGGAAACGACGUCGUUUUGCCCUGGAACAACCCCCUCCCCAACAACCACAGCCUUAUGUCGACAAUCGGAAACGGACAGAUGAAAGGAAAAGGACUGAUGAUCGUGAGGGUCAUUUCGAGUUUAAUCUUGGCGACAAUUUGACUUCAAGAUAUAAAAUACUCAGCAAAAUGGGUGAAGGCACAUUUGGUCGAGUAUUGGAGUGUUGGGAUCGACAAACACGAGAAUAUGUGGCAAUCAAGGUGGUUCGAAGCAUACGCAAGUAUCGUGAGGCAGCAAUGAUUGAAAUUGAUGUACUUGAGCAGCUUGCUAAAAAUGACCAAGGCGGAUCACACUGUGUGCAGAUUCAUACGUGGUUUGAUUACCGCAAUCAUAUAUGCAUAGUGUUUGAGAGGCUUGGACCAAGUUUAUUUGAUUUUCUUAGGAGAAAUGAAUACUCACCAUUCCCUGUCGAUCUUGUUCGAGAAUUUGGACGACAGCUUUUGGAAUCUGUAGCAUAUAUGCAUGACCUACGAUUAAUCCACACUGACCUGAAGCCAGAAAAUAUACUUCUUGUGUCAUCUGAAUAUAUAAAGCUUCCUGGCCGCAAGAGGAGUUCGUCAGAUGAAACGCGUUUCAGGUGCUUGCCAAAGUCAAGCGUCAUUAAGCUGAUUGAUUUUGGUAGUACUGCAUAUGAUAACCACAAACAUAGCUCCAUUGUCUCAACAAGGCAUUACCGAGCACCUGAGGUUAUUCUAGGUCUUGGAUGGAGUUACCCAUGUGAUAUGUGGAGUAUUGGUUGCAUACUUGUUGAACUCUGCUCGGGAGAAGCUUUGUUUCAGACACAUGAGAAUUUAGAGCAUUUGGCAAUGAUGGAGAAAGUUUUAGGACGACCUUUGCCUGAGCAUAUGAUUCAAAGAGCAGACCGUGGUUCUGAGAAGUACUUUAGAAGACAUCGACUGAACUGGCCUGAAGGAGCUGUUUCGAGGGAGAGUAUCAAAUCAGUGAAAAAGCUAGACAGUUUGAAGAAUAUGCUGUCUCCAUAUCUGGAAUGCUCAAGGUCGUCAUUCAUUGACUUGCUGCAUCAACUGUUAAAAUUUGAUCCAAAGGAAAGGCUCACGGCCCGAGAUGCUCUAGGGCAUCCUUUCUUCCAGACCUCGUAGUGAUGGGCAUACAAAAUUAUUUCUGUACUUGGUUCCAUCUGUCGUACUAGACAUGUGAUAUCAAUGUACAUUUGUGAAUCAACCCAAUCAAAUGUUGCCUGAAGCUGGGAUAGCUGGCAUAUAAACAAGAUGAUCGAACAUAAUUAUUUGGGUACAACAUUUAGGAGAGUAAAGGAACAAGUCCCAACCAGAAAUGCACUUCUGUUUGUGAGGGAUAUUCUAGACUAAUUAUGAUUGUGGUGAAGAUUUAAUAAAAUUCAGAACCUAGUAGAAAUAAAAUCCAGAUCAGUGAUGUCUUCGAGGAAUAUCA